AUGCAAAAAUCAGUAUUAAGGUUUUGGUUUCUGGUUUUGGCCUCUGCAAGCGCAACUUUGACUGCAUUGUUUUGUGGCAUAAAGUUGAUUUCUGUCAAGCACAAAGGUGUUGAGUUCAGUAUUUGGCUCAAACAUCUACUCUUGUUCAGGGCCACUUCGCAACCAACGUCUCCCCAGCUCUCCCCAGUACUUAUGAUCGGAAUUAACGAUAAGGACAUCUGGCGGCAAAGGAACACCUUGAUAUACGCAGCCAACCAACUGACCUGCCCUCCGCUCUGGUCUACCGGUCAAACCAUCUAUUACUUUGCGCUCAACAAUAAUGAUGCAGGCAAAACUACGGGACUUAGUCUCACCUCAACGCGAAACGAGGUCAAAAUGCUUCUUCUAACAAUCGCCUCGCUCUUCUGCCUCGUGGCCACAUACGGAUCGGUAGUUCUCGAAAUUCCAACUAGCUGCCGAGUCUGCAAGUCCGAAGUACGUCAAUUUAAUCUGCAAGAGCAAUGCGGAGCUCACUUGAUGUGCACACAUGAGAAGGCGCUUAAAGCCACUUGUCACAACAUGUUCACACGAAUCGACUUCGUCUGCCAGAAUGAAGGAUGUCCUUGGACUUGGCAAUCUCCUAUUUUAGAGAAAUGCGAAAACAAGUUACAUCUUGGCUUCUGUGAAACCUGCCCUGAUGCAACAUUCCUGGAGCCAUAUUUAGAAGUUAGACACCAAGAAAUCAGGCCUCAAGGAAUCAGACCUCAAGUCAUCAGACCCCAAGCACAAGGCUAUAUUAUGUAG